AUGUCGAUCUGCCCAGACAACUCGACAGAAUGUCUUCUUCGAGCCCUUGUCUCUGAGGUCAAUGCUAGCCGUGCCUUGCUAGAAGACAUUCUUGACUCUACCUCUCAUUUCAACUGGGACCCCCUGAAUUUUGCCUUUACUGCAGCCAUUGGCGCACUCGCCCUGAUUAUUGCUUGUAUCACCGUUUUUCAAAGUCUCCUUGCGGCUGGUCCCGGACGGAUCAAGGCCAGUAAACUUGCCAUCGGUCCUUAUGCAGCGAGCGCGAAAUCACGUUUUGACUACACCGAGCUUUCGCUACGCACAGUGGUCUAUGUGCCUUCGAUCAAUCACGUGAAUGAGAUAUACCAGGUGGAUAGAGCCAUCCCCGACCACGCUUGCUGUAGCAAGUAUGAUCCAUCUGCCGGCAAAAGCGAAUCCUCUGCGUCAUGGCUUAGACUUCUCGUCGAAUUGGGUCUUUCAGACCCACGGCUGUGGACAGUAGUUGCGCGUCAAACUGACGUUCUCCCAGCAGACAUAUCAGCAGCGCCUGCGGCAGGUUCGGUGCGCUUUCUCGCACAUUUGGCCGCCGUCGCGGAUGAAAAUUGCACAAUCGAGCGACAUCCCAAUGGCCGUUUCGUCACAGUUAUCGGACAGGCAUCGCAACUCACAUUUCGCGACCAUCCUGUACUGGGGUCAGUCGCUAUGUACGAGACCUAUCGAGAAAGCCCGAGCUAUGCCCGAAGGCACGUGAAGAAGACGAUGACAGAGUAUCGCCCCGUCACCGGCAUACGUGAUCGGCACAGUAUUGGGAUCAUGGAAACAGCCGGUAUGCUGAAUCUUUCCCAUGGCCUUGUUAAAUGCCGUCACCUUGGGUAUGCCGUCACGGAAGGAUUGAUACAACUCAGCUUUGGACUGUUGCUGCAAAGGCUCACAUCGCAUUGCACACAUGGACAUCUGAGUGACAAUCCUGCCUCUAUCCUCUUUGGCAGUCGAGGCACAAAUGGAGUCAGGCGCGCCAGGGGCUACAUGUACUUUUUGCUCUUCUUCACCUCUGUACUGUCUGUGGUCCGCGCAUUCCCUUCGGGACUCCUCAAGCUCCCAGAAGCAAUUCGUGAUAUCAGUCGCCUCAUUCCAGCUUGGACCACCUCACCGAACGAUGUCAUUUUUGAGAUCAACAACGUUGUUCGCACAUACGGCGGUAAUUUCCAGGAGAUACCGAUGGCAGCAUAUACUUUCUACAUCCUUGGCGCAAGGGCGCGGCACUAUUCUCAUUCUGAAUGGCUUGAAGAUCCUCCAGGCGCUGGAUGGUGCACUAAUAGCAUGCACAGUGACUUUCGCAAAGAUGAAGAUGAUCUCGUGUACGGCGAGGAAGUCAUACAGUUGUGUUUCCAAUGGGCCAGCCUUAUCAAUGUGCAGAACAAGAGCUUGAAGGAAUUCCUACCCGAAAAAGAACAGCUCCUGGCGUCUUUGUAUCUCGUUGAUGACUGGCUCCGACGUCGUAACAAGGAUGACAUUAUCUGCGCCGCACUGUUCUUAAUACAGGACACUGCAGUAGAACGAGAACUCCGGUCAUCCCAGCUGUCAUCUCCGGCGAUUGACUUGAGAGCUUCCCAGGUUUCGCAGAACGACAUCUCGGAGCAAGUCGAUAUAGCAAGAUUACGUCCCAUGCAGGUCAUGUUGACAUAUCGGGCAAUUCUACUAGGGGCUCUUCUCGAACUCAGUACAGACACCAGCUGUAUCGUGGACGAAAGUUUUCAAGAUACAAUCGUUAAGAUUCUUUGA